CUCACUCUUUCACCUUUCUAAUUUCCCCUUUUUUUCCAUCAAACAUAAAGAAAUCCUUUUUAAUUUCCCUUCUUUUUCCUUUUCUUAGUUCUCUCAUCAACCAUCCAUUGUUGUUACAUGAAUGUCAUUCUUUCCUUCAACCCCACCAUUCCAACUCCUAUAAAACCCCAAUCCUUAUAUAUUUCCUCCCAAAAUCUAUCCUAACCCAAACAUAUAUUUUUAUUAAACCCUUAUUUAUUUUCUCACCAUCUUCCUUAAAAAAAAAAAACAUGUCAAAAACACCAUUAUUAUUAUACUCCUAUGUUGUGCUAUGUGUGUUGCUACUCUUACCCGCCACCGUAAAAUCGGAGUGUACUUGUGAACCCGACGACAUGACCCGGGAUAGCAAGUCCAUAACCCUAAAGUAUAAGGUUGGUGCCAUUGGAGCUAUACUUGGAGCGGGUGCAUUCGGGGUCGGGCUUCCCCUUUUAGGCAAACGGGUAUCCGUUUUACGACCCGAAAAUGAUAUCUUCUUCAUGAUAAAGGCUUUUGCAGCAGGAGUAAUCCUCGCAACUGGGUUUAUUCACAUACUUCCAGAAGCUUUCGAGGGGUUGACGUCACCUUGUAUAGGGGAAACACCAUGGCAGAAGUUUCCAUUUGCGGCGUUUGUCGCGAUGGUGGCGUCGAUUGGGAGUCUUAUGGUGGAUUCAUUGGCUACCGGGCAUUAUAGAAGGGUUCAUUUUGGUGAUGAAAAUGAUAAUGUUAAUGGUAAAGUGGUGGAUGAAGAGAGAAACAAUGAUGAAAAUGUUGGUCACGUGCAUGUUCAUACUCAUGCUACUCAUGGUCAUUCUCAUGGUCAUGGUGGUGGUGGUUCUUUGGUGGGUGAAGGUGAACAAUUAGGGGAACAAUUGACUAAACUUCAACUUAUUAGGCAUCGUGUUACUGCUCAGGUAUUGGAGUUGGGAAUUGUGGUCCAUUCAGUGAUCAUAGGAAUAACAUUGGGCACAUCUCAAAGGCUAGACACCAUAAAACCUCUCAUGGUUGCAUUAAGCUUCCAUCAAUUCUUCGAAGGCAUGGGUCUUGGUGGCUGCAUCACUCAGGCGAAAUUCAAGUCAAGAGCAAUGGCAACAAUGGCACUAUUUUUCUCACUUACAACACCAAUUGGGAUAUCCAUUGGCAUCGCAAUCGCCGGUGUUUACGACGAAAAUAGUCCUCGGUCGCUGAUAAUACAAGGGAUAUUUGAGGCGGCCGCGGCAGGGAUACUGAUAUAUAUGGCACUUGUUGAUCUAUUAGCAGCAGAUUUCAUGAAUCCAAGGAUGCAAGCUAACACUAGGAUUCAACUUGGUUCACAUCUUUCUUUACUUUUAGGGGCUGGUUGUAUGUCUGUUUUGGCUAAAUGGGCGUGACAUUUAUUUCCACUUUUUUAAUUAACUUUGUUAGUAAAUAAUUAGUUUAAAUUUAUCAAAUUCUUAAUGUAACAUAAAUGAGAAUGGACAACAUCAUCGCUCCUAAGGGGCUGAGGCACCUUUUGUGAAGACCACAAUCACUAAUUUUAAUCAUUUGAAAUUAAUUUCAAAGCAUAGAUUAUAUUUUUU